AUGGGGAAGUCGCUAGCGCCCGGGGAUAAGUACCGGCGCGAGCAGAAGAAGAAAGAGCUCGCGAAGAACAAGGCGCUUCGCAAGUCAGCGAGAGAUGAAGCGUUCCAAUCCGCCGACGUCGGCUCCCUGAAAGCCGAGCUCGCGAAGCUCGAGAACGCGAAGCGCAUGGGGCUCGCGAGUAACGUCCAAGAGCAGCGAAUCUUGCAGCUCGAGAAGGCGAUCAAGUGGCACGCGGAGGAGAAGAAAGCGAACGCGGGGAAGAAGGACGCGCCCGCGCCCGUGGUGCCGAAGGUGAAGAACACGAUCGCGGCGUUGAGACCAGUCGGCACGGAGCUCGCGACCGUCGGGAAAGGGCUCGUGGGUCUCGGCGAGAGAAAGCCGCAGGAUUCCGUGUACUACCACCCGACGCUGAACCCGUCGGGGCGGCCGCCCGCGGGGAAGCCGCAGAAGUACCGAGCGACCGCGGAGGUUUGGGAGGCGGAGAAGGAGGAGGACGACGACGACGAAGAGGAAGAGUACGCCCCGGUGGAGAUGUACGUGGAAGGGGAGCUGCUUCCUCCGCCGCGAGGGCCUCCUCCCGGUGUUCAGCCUCCUCCGCCGUCGGUGCCACCGCCACCGUUGGAGCCGCCGCCGGGACCGCCGCCGGGACCGCCGCCGGGGCCGCCGCCGGGACCGCCGCCGGGGCCGCCGCCCGGGGAACCGCCGGGGCCGCCCCCCGGAUCCCCUCCCGGGCCGCCCCCCGGACCCCCGCCGGGCCCUCCUCCGGGAUCUCCGCCGGCUUUCGACGACGACGAAGCGCCGUUGCCGCCGCCGCCAGGGCCUCCUCCGUCCGUCGGCGAGGACGACGAGGACGACAUGCCGCCGGUGCCUCCGCCGCCGCCGACGGACGGCGAGGACCCGCCGCCGCCGCCGCCGCCGCCCGGCCCUCCCCCCGGGUUCGCGCCCGUCCCCGCGAUGGUCCCGGUGAUGGUCCCGGUGAUGGUUCCGAUGCAACCGCGCGCCGCGAUGGCGCCGCCGCCCGCGAUGAUGCAGCUCCCGCGGAGGGUGAACGCCGCGCCGCCGGUCCCGCGCGCGCCCCCGCCUCGCGACCGCGCGGCGGCGGCGCACACGAUCGGCGCGGCGCCGACGGUGAAGAAGCAGCUGCCCGCGCAUCACAACCCGGCGUUGAAAGCGCUCGUGCCCGCGUCGGUGAAGAUACAGCGCGACAGAGAGGCCGUGCCGCCGUCGAAACGGCAGAGGGUGCUCAUCACCGCGCCGCUGAAGCAGGCGGGAUCGGACGAGCCGAAGAAGGAUGACGACAAGUAUUUGGACUUUUUGGACUCCGUGCGGGAUCUCGGCGCGUUCGAAUGA